GAGGAGGGGCAGGGUUCACCUUUGCACUCACAGUGGAGGAUUCGGAGCGUGUUUGGGGAAAGGACUCUCCCGCCAGCCCCAGGGCAAGACCCAGAGCCAUUGCUGGCUGCCUUGCUGCUUCUAGUUGCUGUCCUGACUGGCUCCAGACCUGCCCGGGUCUACGGGCAUUCAGCUGCAGCUCCUGAGGCCGAGGCGGGAUGGUCGCCCUGCCAGGGGUAGAACUUGGUCAGCCACCCCACCGUGGGGGAGACAAGUCCCCACACAAGGAAAGGAGAAAGUGAAGCAAAACGGUGCUGGGACUCCAGGGGAGAAAAGAAAUGGAAGAGAGUUCAAGUGUGGGUCUGCCCGGAGCUGGGCCAGCCCAAGAGGAGGUGGAGAGCACAGCCAAGCAUCCUGUACACCAAGAACCUCCCCAAGAAUCUCCUGAGCACCCAGUGACAAGCACACUGCCUGAGACCUCCUGCAAACCAGAGGAGGACUCUUCAGAGCGUAAGCCACCAGCUGCUCACGGGGGAGAGGUGACUCUGACAGCAUUAGAUGGCCCCACAGUGGAGUCUCCUCAGGAGGCUCAGGUUCCUCAGGAAACUGUAGUAUCACUGGAAGAGUCUGGGGAGACAAAAGACGAUGCAUCAGAAAGAUCUCAGGAAGAAAACGGCUUGGACGGAGCCAGACUGGUGCAAAAUGAAACGGACAGUGCAGGAGACAGCCAUGGCCUCCAGGAAGCACAGGAGGACCAGGAGACAAGCAGGCAACGUGAAAGCUCCAACACAGCAGAGGAAGAUGCUUUAUCAAGAAGCAAGUCAUUAAGCUCUGACAGUAAAAUGACACCUUCAGAUCUGAAUGCCCCAGCAGGUGUCACCAAGGGCCUCUUGGCAGAGGAGAGCACCAGUGUUCUGCUCCUGGGUCAGGAACCAGGAGAGCACGCAGAGCAAGUGACACAGGAGAGUGAAUCCUCAGGCACGUUAAGGAGCAGACAUGGGACUAAAGGACAUGCAGCUCCACAGCCAGAGCCUCAGCACUGCUUGCAGAACAUCACUGCCCUGAACACAGAACAGGAGAAGCCUAAAAAGUCCCUCUUAGUGAAAGGUGAGGAAAAGGAGCUUCCCUUGUGCAUUACUCAUCGACCAGAAGGCCCUGAUCCUCCAGGAACAAGACUUGUCGUUCUGGGCCUCAUAUUUCUCGGCUUCUGCAUAUUCUGCUUCGGCAACCCAACCGCCAAGUCCCAGCCGGCCCCCAGGAACCCCACGGUGGAGGCCUUCCUGUCCCAGUUCAACCAGCUGCAGGACAGGUUCCCAGGACAGAGUCCUAACUUGUGGCUUCGCAGUCGCAAGUUCCUGCAGAAGCACCUCAACACAUCCCACCACACGCAGCCGGCCAUCAUCAUCUUCACUGCUGCCCGCAAAGGCGAGCGGACCUUGCGAUGCCUUAGCACCCAUGUAGCUGACACCUAUUCUGCCGCCCUGCGCGCCAGCACAGUGCAGAUCGAUGGCAAAGAUAAAUCUGGGCUCCAGAGCGACCAGGCCAAGCUGGAGGUGGACUCGGAGCUCAGCUCAGCUUUCCAGGCCGGGGACCGUGCUGCGGUGAUACACCGCUUCGAGCUGCUGCCAGCGGGUGCCACCCUCAUCUUCUACAAGUACUGUGACCAUGAGAGUGCUGCUUUUAAGGAUGUGGCCCUGCUGCUGACCGUGCUGCUGGAGGAGGAGAUGCUGGAGACCCACAUCAGCCUCCAGCAGGUGGAAGAGAGGGUUCGUGACUUCCUCUGGGCCAAGUUCACCAGUGCCAGGGCUCCCAGCUCCUAUGACCGCAUGGACUCUGACAAACUGAGCGGGCUGUGGAGCCGUAUCUCCCACCUGGUCCUACCGAUCCACCCAGUGCAGAACAUCGAGAAGGGGGGCUGCCACGCUAAGUUGUAGGGGCACAGGCUGCCGGAGUCCCAAGAAGGGUUGGAAAGCCAGCCUUGGGGCAGGUGGAGACACAAAUGAACAACGAACUCACUUGGUUUAACACCAGUGCUAUUUCUUCACAAUUUUUCUCCUGUGCCUUCCUGGAAGAGUUCGACAGGUACAAAUUGUUCCAGGCCUCCCAGCCAACUGAAGGUAACAAUAGACCAUAUGCUUCCUUCUGACAGGUGGGAAGAGCUGAUAUUUUAGACUGCUAAUUGCACAGGAGCACACUACAAUGUGGGGAGGCAGGAGGGAAAAACAGUACGUUGCAGGAAGUAGAACAAAGCAAGGUAAACCUCACUAAAACCAACAUUUGGAAGUCAUGCUUCAAAAAGAAAACCGGUUUGCUAGUCAAGGGUUUGACCAGUCAGUCCUGAUACAGCUCCACUGACUGACUUACACCCAAAGACCAGAUCCUAAAUUCAGAAUGUGCAAACAAAUCUGCAAUCCAGAAAUUCCUUCAACAUCAGUGACAAGAAGUGUCAAGCUAUUAGCACUUAAACACUACACGAAACAGGGAAUCCCACGGAGCGGCCAUUCUGAAAACAGAGAGCAAGGAAACACAAAACACUUUGUUGUCACUCUGAUGGUGUGAAGCCCCAAGGCAAAGGAAUGAGUAAUAUGGUUUAACUUAUUGCUACCUUUUUAAAAUUUCACUCUCGAGCCAUUUAUUAUCAGGAGGCUACAAGCAUCUCUUUGGGCUGAUGCAUCAGCUUUGGUCCUACAUGAUCCCUCUUCACCCAGAUCUGAUGGAAGCCAUCAGAGGUAUUUCUACAUCAUCUGCCUGCACACAGGGGAGCCCUCAGAGUCAGGACAGGAGCAAGCUGACAAAAUUCCUCCAUGAACCACUCCAUGGCUUUUCCAGGUCCCUGGAAAAGCCCCCUUCAUGGAGACUGAGUGUGUUUGCAGCCCAGCAGUUCCGUGCCUUGCUUUCCCUUGUUCUGCCUUCCUCUCCCCAGCUAACUCUUACUGAAGAAUGUAAAUGAUAACACUGAUACUUUUUUCAAGCCAUGUGAGGCAGCACACCAGGUCCUUGCCCACCAAAGGUUCAUUUACCUUCCUGCCAGGCAGGUGGUGCUGCAACUGGGAGCCGAGCUGAUACCAGCAGAUAAAGAACAAAACCUCUGGCAUUAACACUCAAAAUCCUCAACUAAGAAGGAUGGAUUCUUACCGUGCCUCCUCUUCUGUACCCCAGGAAGAGAAAUCCAGGUCCCACAAAGUCUGUGGUGCUCCUGCUCACUGAAUUACUGCAGGAGUGCUGGGGCAGAGCUGCUAACUCAGGGAACACCUGGGGGUAGGCACAGGUUGAGGUGUUUAUAAUAAGCCAGCCCCAGGUGUCAGCCCCUUGUGCCUGCAAUCCUGCCUGCUGGAGAAGGAGCAGCUGGAGCAAAGCACAUCUUGUUUCUGUACAGACAGCAGAGACCGAAGCCUUGCAGAGGUGGAGACUACACCUGAACAUGAUGCAAAUCAAGUAUGUUGUUUUUACAAGCAGUCCACCUAAGUGCCCCAGACCCCUGUGCUGGCCUAUGGUGCCUUGCUGAUCUGCUCCACCGAUGGCUCAGCCAUUCACCCAGUGCCUGAAGUUACCAUCUGCCUCUUCUGUCCUCCGGCCGAGUGCCUUGCCUCUCCUGGGAGAUCUGCGGCCAUUGACUUGGAGGAAGGGACAAAAAGGAGGAGGAGAAGGUUGCAAUUCGAACCAAAGAGCAGACACUUGAUUUCUUUACGAUGCCAGUCACGUAAAGAGACAAGAUCCAGGAGUGCUGCAGCACUUUACCUGCUGCCCCAGACUUACUGAUGUUUAUCCCCCAUGACCACCAGGGAGCUGAGUUACCCUUGAGUACAAGUUAUACGUUGAGUUAGCCAAGGAUUGGACAUGAAGCAUCCUGUUGCAGAGGUUUUAACCAAGCCCAACGUGGCUAGACAUGCUGCAGCCCAGCAUGAGCAGACCAGCUCCAGGCUUGUUUUUGGUACAAGAUAUGGGCAAGAUGCUUGCUGCUUCCUCCUCUUCCUCCUUUUUAUUGUUGUCCACUACUUUGGUAACAAAAAACACUGUUUCUGCUCUUCAUGGUUAAGUGUUGGCGCUGACGUAAGAACUGGCGAAGCAUUAAUCAUGUUAUCACAGAAUCACAGAAUUGUAGGGGCUGGAAGAGACCUCUAGAGACCACCGAGUCCAACCCCCAAAUCAGUAUCUUAAAGUUAUCUCACUACCAGUUUUAUAUAUCGUACGCAUAAUGCAUAGCCAGAGCAUGCAAUAUCAACUUCAUGCUGCUUGGGUACCUCGCUGUAAGCAUCAUCCAGCAAAGCUGUUCUAAUACAGGUAUAUUUUUAUGACCUUUUAAAGACAAAAAAACAAAACAAAACAAAACAAAACAAAAAAAAACCCUGCUUGCUUCCGAAACAAGACUUCUAUUUAAAAAUAAAUGAGAUUGUAAAAGAGA